AUGGCGUGGGGGCAGAGAGGAGAUUCCAGGAGGUACACAAGCUGGUUCCCUGUGAGCUGGAGCACCUACAGGUCACUUUAUCUCUUCUUYAGUCUUGUGACUUCGGUGAACUUAGUUCCUCAGCCAGUGAAUCCUGGCUUCCCAGGCGCUGUCAAUUGCAAAGAAAAUGGAGUAACAGUCAGCUUCUCAAACCAUCAUGGCACCAAGAAAUGGCAUGCAUCUGUGGUGGAUUCCUUGGGGGCUGAAAUACUGAACUGCACUUAYACACUGGACUCGGCAAAUCUCACCCUGGAGGUCCCAUAUGAGACCUGUACCAGGAAAGUGCCUCGUGGGCACGAGAUAAACAUCAGAAUCGCCGACAACAGUGCUGCUUUAAGACCUACGGAUGGCAUGUAUCAUUUUUUCUGUCCAACUAUGCAGGUGGAGGAGAUCCACAGAUUUUCAGAAUCCACAGUCUGCAUGAAGGAUUUCGUGGCUUUUUCCUUUCCACAAGUUAUCUCUGGCUUUGCUGAUGAUAGUGAGAUGAACAAAUCUGAUACUGGAUGGAUCAUUGAGGUUGGCAACAGUUCAAGUACCCAUAAGCUGACCCUGCCAGAGGCCCUAAGACAAGGAUUUAGUCUCCUGAUUGACAGCCAGAAGAUGAUUGUCCAUAUGCCAUUCACUGCCACUGGAGUAACUCACUAUGUGGAAGGAAACGGUCACCUCUACACUGCACUUCUGAAGCUUUCAUUUUUAUCUCCGGGGCAGAAGAUCAUCUUCUCAUCACAAGCUAUUUGUGUGUUAGAUCCUUCUGUGACUUGUAAUGCCACACACAUGACUCUCGCCAUACCGGAAUUUCCUGGGGAACUAAAGGCUGUGAGCAUUGAAAAUAGGAACAUCCCUAUGGACCAGCUGCAGAACAAUGGGAUCAAUGCAGAAGCAGCAAAUGGCUUGAGACUGCAUUUCAGCAAAACUCUUCUCAAAUCAAAAUCCUCUGAAAAAUGCCUCGGCCAUCAGUUCUACUUAUCGUCACUCAAGCUGACCUUUUACUUUCAACUGGAUAUGGUAUCCAUGGUGACUGAGCCUGAGUGUCUCUGUGAGUCACCAGUCUCUAUAGUUACAGGAGAGCUGUGUUCCCAGGAUGGGUUUAUGGACUUCGAGGUCUACAGCCACCAAACAAAACCAGCUCUCGACUUGGGGAGCCUCAGGGUGGGAAACUCCUCUUGUCAACCUGUCUUCAAGGCUCAACCUCAGAGGCGGGCUUGGUUUCACAUACCCCUGAAUGGAUGUGGAACAAGACGUAAGUUUGAAGAUGAUAAAGUCAUCUAUGAAAAUGAAAUACAGGCUCUCUGGUCAGAUCUUCCUCCAAGUAAAAUAUCCAGAGAUAGUGAGUUCAGAAUGACAGUGAAGUGCUAUUACGGCAGGGAUGAUGUGAUACUAAAUGCCAAUGUUGAAAGUCUUCCUCCUCCAGUGGCCCCUGUGAAACCUGGUCCCCUUGUGUUGAUCUUGCAAACCUACCCAGACGAAACCUACCAGCGACCUUAUGGGAACCAUGAGUACCCUAUAGUGAAAUAUCUCCGCCAACCAAUUUACAUGGAAGUCAGAGUCCUAAACAGGGAUGACCCCAGUAUCAAGCUGGUCUUAGAUGACUGCUGGGCAACAACCGCUGUGGACCCGGCCUCUCUCCCCCAGUGGAAUAUUGUCAUGGAUGGCUGUGAAUAUAACCUGGACAACUACCAAACUACCUUCCAUCCAGUUGGUCCCUUCAUGACCCAUCCUAACCACUACCAGAGGUUUGAUGUGAAGACUUUUGCCUUUGUCUCAGAGGCUCAGGUGUUCCCCAGCCUGGUCUAUUUCCACUGCAGCGCCUUAAUCUGCAAUCAGCUCUCUCCCGACUCCUCCCCUCUGUGUUCUGUGAUUUGCCCUGCAUCAUCGAGGCCCCGACGAGCCAGAGGAACCACUGAAGAGGACAAAAUGACACUCAGCCUCCCGGGACCCAUUAUCCUGUUAUCAGAUAGCUCUUCAUUCAGAGAUGUCGAGGACUCCAAAGGACAUGAUAUUGCUGGAGGCGUUUCUUCUAGAACAGUGGCUGCUGUGGCUGCCUUAGCAGGCUUGGUGGUAACUCUAGGCCUUGUCGGUUACCUAUGUAAGAAAAGAACCAUGUCAAAUCACUAA